AUGUUCACUAACGAUCAUUUUCGGAAUAUCCCGUCGCGUCGCACUGAAGAUAAUUUGCCAGAUGCGGCUUCUAUCAAGUCUCUCAAAGACGAUAUUGCCGAGUUGAAAGAUACUGUCCGUAAUCUUGCAUCCAAGGUUGAUGUCAAGCCGAUCACCCCAUUGACGGGCACACCGUGGUCUGGUCUCGAUCGUAUAUGCUCAAAUCCUAUUCGAAACACUCCGAAACGUGUACGCGAAGAUUGCCAAGACGAGGAACAACCGCUUGUUAGACGUGGUACUAAAGCAGCAUCCGGAACAGUAAAAACAGUUUCACCCCCGGAGGAGUUGUUCUGGCUAUACUUGUCUGCUUUUGAUCCCAGCACAUCCGAUAUCGAUAUUUCUACCUUGAAUAUCGGCGGCAUCAACAGAAAUGUCGAUGAUAUUCGGCUAGCUGUAUCGGAUCAAUGCUACGAUAUCGUUGUUCUCACAGAGACUUGGCUAGACUCACGUACGCUCUCGCAUCAGAUGUUCGGUAAAGAUUAUGAAGUUUUUCGAUGUGAUAGGAAUGCUGAUAAUAGCCGUAAGGCUAGAGGCGGAGGCGUUCUGGUGGCCGUGAACUCCAGACUCGAAGCGAGAGCUGUAGAUAAUCAAAAAUGGAUUUGCUUGGAGCAGGUGUGGACGGCGAUCACACUUGGCGACCGUACUUUAUUUCUAUGUGCGUUGUACAUUCCUCCCGACCGAAUACGAGAACGCGAGCUCUUUGAGACACAUUGUCAGUCGGUUUUCUCUGUCUUGGAAACCGCUAAAGCAACAGAUGAAGUCAUCUUAAUGGGCGACUUUAAUCUUCCAAGAAUUUCGUGGAAGAAAUCCUGCAACGGCUUCCUUUAUCCGGAUUUGGCCCAUUCGACCAUCCCUCCCAAUGCUUCUUUCUUGCUUGACAAUUACAGCUUCGCCACUCUCUCGCAAAUCAAUUACGUUACCAAUCAGAAUGACCGUAGUCUGGAUCUCUGCUUUGUGAGUGCGCAGGACACAGCCCCAUUCCUAUGCAGAGCUCCUGCUCCUCUUGUUAAGCACACUCCUCAUCAUCCACCUCUGCUGGUUACCGUUGGUACUAAGUUGUCACAGGAUUUCGAUAUCUCACCUGUAGCAAUUUCUUAUGACUUUCGUAAUGCCGACCAUUGUGGUAUCAGCCAGUUACUCUCUAGCUUCAACUGGGACGAUAUACUAGACACCGUUAACGUCGAAUCUGCAGCUUUAACAUUCUCCAACGUUCUGGCAUAUGUUAUCGAUAGAUAUGUGCCGAAAAAGAAAUGCCACCAUGCAUCCCGCAAACCAUGGCAGACCUGUGUGCUUCGACGACUGAAAUCAAUGAAGAGGGUCGCCUUGAGAAAUUUCACCACACACCGCACACAAAUUCUUCAAUAUCAAUAUGCGCGAAUCAACCACGAAUAUAAACGUGUUGCGAAGCAAUCUUUCCUACAUUAUCAGCGUCGUGUACAGAGAAAACUCAAAUCACAUCCCAAACAGUUUUGGAAAUUUGCCAACGAGCAGCGCCAUUCAGCCGGUUUGCCAUCGUCUAUGGCAUUCAAUGGAAUCGUGGCCUCUACGCAACGGGAUAUCUGCAACCUUUUCUCAGAUAAAUUUGCCAGCGUUUUCACCGAUGAGAGUUUGAGCGACGAACAUAUCAGGCAUGCUGCUGGCUACGUCCCUCUCUCCAACCAAACCCUGAGUAGAGUUGACAUCAGUUUGGAGAUGAUUUCUAGGUCGUUCUCGAAACUCAAAGAAGUCGAAAGGAUGAAUUCUCGCCCCCAUCCCCUUCACAGUCUCCUCGGCCCAGCUGCGCCUCCCGGGGGUCUUCGCACAUUCAUUUCCCACUAUCUGAUGGCCGUCGUUUGUCUCAUCUCAUCCGAUGAAGUGUGGACGAGACUCCGAGAAUGA